CCUGUUGUUAGCCCUUAACUUUAUUGCCGACUGAUAUAUCAGCAAGCGAGCCUAUGUUUUUAGCGAAGAAAAGUAAAAAAGAGUGAAUGCAUUUCCGCAACAAGAACACGUACACAAAACAUGCACGAGUUAAAGGAUACACGUAUAUAGUAUAAUAAUGUUGUGGUCAUGCCUUUGUCAUAAUAUAGAAAUGAUCGUUCUGGCACAGAUUUCUCUAGUCUUUCUUCCGGCUUCAGUAGCUUAUAAUAAUAAUAAUAAUCUGUUUAUUAUUAAUGCUGAAACGGAAACUUUCAGACAUGUUUUUGCUUUCCUCAAAACAAUGAUAUCGCGAAAAUCUAAUGAACUCGUUUCAUUACGCCAGCGACAUCCCGAGAAGAAACACUUAGAGAGUUAGCCAGGCGAAAUAUAUAAAAUGAAGAUUUCUCUACGAUCAGAAAAUGUUCGCAAAUCAGUCCUCGUUCUCUUACUAAUAUAUGUGCAAUGUGUGGCUGCUCAGGAAAAGGUAUAUAUAUAUAGAUUAUAGUAUAAUAUAUUAAUAAACUAAACUUUACACCCAUAUGCCAAACAACAGCGCGGAAAAAGUUCCAAAAUGCUUCCAAUACCCAAACGAUUCGGGCUUCUAUAUAGCACAAGCGCAAAUAAUGUUGAUAUUAUAGUCUUAUACCUCAACAGUCAGCUUAUAGUUUAGCCGAUUCGCCGCCACCUGCUACGCUUUCGCAGAUUUGCAGGAUCAAAUCGUGUUGAGCUUUUUCUUUGAAUAUAUGGACCAUAUACGUAUAAACACUUGCUUGUUCAAAGAAUACAGUGCCGAAUACCCAAAAAUUGAGUACUAGUUUUUUUCGCAGUUAUCUUCCUGUUCGAAAUCGAGAAAAGGGAAACGCACCUUGUAUCGCAAGGUCUCUGGGGAUGACGGAGUUCUAAUCUGUGUGAAAAAGAGUGGACACUAUGCGUGGAACUUUCUGGAUGGUAAGAUUUAUAACUAGACUAUAUAUAUAGCUAUUUGCGGAUAUAAGAACUGCAUAUAGAACAUUUUCAAUUAAUUGAAAUUAUACACAAUUUUAGACCUAAUUGGGCAAAAAGCAAACACUGACUGUCUUCUAUAUAGGUUCUUCUACACUUGGUGAAAACUUCAAUCCCGCAAAAGAUUGCUCUGAUAUAGUAGACAAUCUUCCCGAAGCAAAAGAUGGUUUCUAUUGGAUAAAACACACCAGGGGAAAACUUUCAAAGGUAUUCUUUUGAUGGGUAUAACCUAACCCAAUUACUAUUCCAGGUAAUAGAUAGGGUUAUCCCAGCCUUGAUCUAAGCCUUUUAUUUUUAUAAUUCAGCGUUUUGCACGUGAUGUUAAAAACUGCCCCCAUUCCAAUGUGGUCAACUUUUGCAUUCUCGUGAAACCAAUUUUUUUAGCAAUUUAAGAGCAAUCUUGUCUGGUUAUGUUACAGUAAUUUGUCCAGAAAAUCGGUUGUAUUUUCUGGUAAAACCAAAUGCUACCAAAGUCUAAUGUACAUACUGAUAUAUCACAGGAAAAUGCCAUACCACUAUGUAUGGACUGUGAAAUAUUUCGUGCUGCAUGCUAAACAUGUAUGAAACCAUUUAUAUGACAUUAGGUUAUAGGUACGUGGUAAUUUUUUGUUGAAUAGUUCCAUCAAAAACGCCCCUUCUCUAAAUUGGGAAAUCCACCAGUCCUAUAAUUGCACGGCGACAUUCGCCGACAAUCCAGUGUUUUUUGUCCGUGGUGUGGACAUUGUUUUCAAAAGCCGACUGAUUCUGUUAAAUGUGUGGGGGAAAUCUGUUCACGCAAUGCUUUUAAAAUAACUUUAAUAAUUAAAUAAAUUUAAGAAACGUAAUGUGAAUGAUGUAUAACAGCACUGAGUGUAUACUAUUUAGCUUUCAUUCCCUAGUUGUGGUGUGACACACAUACAGACGGCGGAGGUUUUGCGCUGAUCGGAAUGAAAGAGAGUCCAGUCAUAUGGAACGUACCAACGAAUGAGAAUCCAGUAGAUCCAUUGAGACCUCCUCAUUGGUCCAGCAAGUUUGGUGACGUCAGCGUACAGGAUUUUGCAAUUCAAAUUUCAACGACAAAGAACUUUGAAGACACAAAGGCACAUUGGUGAGUUAUGCAGUUGAGAGCAUACUAUACCGUACCAUAUCAUACCAUACAUACCAAACAAUGCCAAGUAAUGCCAUGCCAUAUUAUACCAUACCAUACCAUAUUGUACCAUACCAAACCAUGCCAUGCAAUGCACCGCACCAAACCAUACGAUACCAUACAAUGUUAUACCAUUAUACAAAAUACCAAAUCAUGCCAUACAAUAUCAUAGAUUCAUACCAUAUAUUAUUCCAUACCGUACUAAACCAUACAAUACACAAUAUUAUACCAUGUCAAACUACAUAUAUACCAUACCUACCAUAACAUACCACACUAUACUGUGUACCACUCAUACCAUACCAUACAUAUUAUACCAUGCACGAUUUGGGGUGGCUUUAUUAUGGCACUCAGUUGUAACACUGUUACAAGUGUUACACAGUGUUAAACAAUGCUACAUAUUCCUACAUAGUGUUACACAGUGUUACAUAGUGUUACACAGUGUUACAUAGUGUUACACAGUGCUACAUAGUGCUGACAGUGUUACAUAGUGUUACAUAGUGUUACACACACUAACCCCACCCCUAACCCCACCGUGUUACAUAGUGUUACACACACUACCCCUGUCAUUCACACCAGUGUUUAUAAUCAAUUGUGUAAAGGUCAUACAGGUUAAAAACAAACCGCGCUCUUGGUAAUCUGUUUGGUGGUGCUGGAAGUGGUGGAUGUACAGACUUUCAUUCGGGGAUUGGAAACAUUUCUUAUGUUAAAGAUAUCCUUACUGAGACAGUGGUUACAACAAAUUUCAACUGUUCAAAAUUUGGACCUAAUACGGACCUUAACCUUGGAUGGGUAACUUUUUCUUUAAUUAUGAUUUAAUUUAACUGCAUGUGUAACUAGUAUCAGGAUUAUUUUGGGCAUGUUCAAGGUUUUGUAGCGUUUGUUUUUGGGCUUGUGCCUUCUGGCUUCCUGCCAGUACUUGCAUUUUUCACACUUGCAUUUUUCACAGCUUAUUAAACCUGGCUAUUUUGAUGUGAAAUUUGACUCCUAUCAUGCAUAUAUUCUCAAUAUUUUGUUUGAAUUCCUUCUCAAUAUUAUAUUGAAAAACGUAAUUAAUUCCGGCUUUCAAAAUUGCACCUUACCCGCAUGUUUUAUUGAUUUAUUUAUUUAUUGUGCUUCGCUUCCACUGAAACAUCAUACGAUAAUUGCAUAAAGAAACUGGGACACCACAACAGCUUAACACCAAUUACAGUGGGCCCUUUACAAGAUAACAAUAUAAAUAUAGAAAAAAUAAGUUCACAUCACAUUAAAAAACCAUCAUUUAAAACGCAUCAUUUUUUUUUUAAAUGAUGAUGAUUUUUUUUAAAUGAUGAUCUUUUUUAUCACUUUUUUAACGCAUCUUUUUUUCAUUUUUUUAAAACGCAUCACUUUUUAAUAUGUUCACAUCAUAUUAAAAAAAACAUAAUUUAAAACGCUGCACUGUGCCGUUAUUAAUAGUAUUACAAAUUUCACAUAACUAUAUUUAGACUUAAAAAUCUGUACAGUUCUCAAAUUUGCUUGAUAAGAUAAACAAAAUUGAUAAAUAGGAGUGUUAAUGUGGUACGAAUAUGCUUACUUUUCCAGGGAAGGAUGAGUUAUUGUCUCAGAAACAAAUGUCCUAAAGGUUAUGCAUUUUUGGAAGGAGUUCCUUUCAGACUUGACAGUCACGGAUCUUUCAGGUAAACAGAGGCUCGGUAACGCCCAAUCUGUCCGAUGUUGGAGUAAUUUUAUACCUUUUACCUGAGCCUGUUAGAUUGAUUGUAAUAUAUUUUCUUGCAAUUUUGCUAUGUACCGUAAAAUAAGCCCCCUUCUCAAUCAAGUCCCUCUCUCUAAUAAGCUCCUUUUUAGGGAAAGGAAUUUUUUAAGCUAGCUCCCACUAACUUUCAAAGCUGUAUCUUCAUUGUGACUGUGCUAAAUAAUUUACAUGUCAUAUUACAUUUUCAGUUAUAGUGCAAGUUCACAGUUUUCAGGUAUUACACACGAUGCCACAGCUUUUGUUGGUUGCGAUUCUAGCAAGGUUUGUAAGCCUAAGUUGUUACAGAAGACAGAAGCUGGGAAAUCUGAAGAAUUAAGUUGAGUUUUAUUAUAUUACUAAUUUGCAAGGUUCUCGACUGCACUGCUUAUAUCGUUUUAGUGUUGUGCAUGUUUUGGCCCCAAAGGUGGAAGAGAGCAUUAUUGCAGCAGAAAAUGUAAAGCUGUCAAUGGUGGUACCAUCAUAACUGGCAAGGUUUACGUUUGGUUUUGGAUACGAACAAGCAUGCCUGAACGAUUGUGGAAAAGAUGUAUGGAAUUUAAGAUGAAGACAGAAGCUGGGAAAUCUGAAACGUAUUAUAUUGAUAGAAUGACUGGUACUGCCCAUAAGGUAUUGUUUACUAGUAACAGACACUUCCCGGAUUUGCAUUUUUGAUAAUGAUACCAUGUCGAGAUUGGCAAUGUCAUCUUAUUCUAUAAUUACAUUGUCAGCAUCGAGUCAUUCAAGUUAUUGUUUCGUGUGUAAGCAUUCAAGACAAUUUGGGAAGCAUUUAUUUAUCCAAAAAGAAAUAAGCAAUAGAAUUAGCUCAAAAAAGAUCGAAACGUAUUAAUACGAAAAUUUGUGGGGCUAAUGUGCAUUGCCCAAGGACAAAUUGAUUAAAUUGGGAGUUAAAUUUGGAUAAAAAUUGGAUUCGAAAUUAGCAAAAGUUUGUCUUACUUUGCCGGGCAGAAUACACUGCAUGAUAAUUAGCCCAUUGUAUAAUCCAGGACAGUUAAGGGACUAGUCAUAAAGUAACUGCUAGGGUGGGCUGGAGGUAAAUCACAAAUUUUGCCAAUAAGUUUGAUGACCCAUCUUGGGAUGUGGAUAAAAAUUUCAAAGCCCAUCUAAUCGUUACAAAAAAUUUUUCAUGACCCACCCAAUCUAAAUUGGGAAAAUACACUUUUGUAAUAAAAAAAAACUUGCAGGUAACAUUGUAAAUAUGCACGGCACUGUAUUGACAAACAUAAUUCCACCAAGCUUGACCAACACAUUCAUCACCAAUUACGAUACCGAGAUGCUCUCCAUUUGGCUGUAUCUGCUGUGAUUCGACCACUUCUUGUUGUUUUAUAAACAAAGUACUGGCUUCAAUAGCAGCAUUUGCAUUUGAUAAUUUGGAUAGUUUUGUAUACUUUUAUUAUUAAUAUAUUUUUUUUGAAGUAGACAUGCAUGGGUUUUUGUUUGGUGACCCAACCGUGGACAUACCAAAACAUUGGCGGCCCAUCGAAACUGCCCGAAGAUUUUCCAUGGCCCAUCCCAAAUCACUCCAGCCCACCCUAGCAGUUACUUUAUGACCGGUCCCUAACUUAAUUUACUGGCGGAAAUAUGCAGUCUCAUGAGAUUCAUGAAAUUUACAAAAGAUAUAUUUUUAAGAACUACGAAAUUCGUUCUUUUAUGUUUACAGGGUACAUGUUCUGAACAAUUUCAGGCAUUUCUUAAUGAAGGUGUAAGUAUAUUGUAUUAUUAUGGCAUUUUUUGAACACUUUUAUCUUUCGAAAUCAUAUGUUGGAAAUUACCAUACUUCAAUCUGAGAUUUACUUUCUUCAGUAAUAUUAUAGCUUACCGCUCGAUUUUAACCAAAACCAACAACAGGCUUUUAGCCUGGGUCCUAAAAGAGGGCGUCCAAUUUUGGUAUAGCGAAACAUCUACAGUAAAGGGGGGGGGGGGUUCGAGAAAACGUUCCUCUGGAAAACCUUUGAAGUUUACGUUAGCUACUUCAUGUCAGUAUCUGUUCCAAGCUUGUUCGAAAUUUUUAAAACACACUUGGCUUUGUGAGUUUGUGCCGCUAUGCUUCUUUACUUAACUAUGACAUUUUCAUUCAGCCAGGUACACCAUCAAAUUGAUCAAAAUGUCAAAUGUAUAAUAAUAAUGAGAAUUGGAGCUAUUUCGUUUCAGAUAUAUUAAUAUACUUAGGGAAAUUAUUGAAAAUAAUUUCCCUUUACCCCCAGAAUUUGGGCGUCCAAAUGAGUCCAUUUUUCGUUCUAGGGGCGUCCCAGGACGCCUGGACGCCCUUCUGGCUAAAAGCCUGCCAACAAAACCCUCAUUCAAUCUCUUUCAGACACUCGUAGUUAAAAACAAAGAAAAACUCAACAACUUUCCAUCAGUGCCCGGAUUCCUUUCAUAUCGUGAGGAUAAUGAAAAACUGUAUGUGAACAAUGGAAAUGGAUGGGACGCCAUUGGCCGUGAAAAAGAAGUAGGCGCUUAUCUUAUAAUUUCAGGCAAUGCAUGCACCAACAAAUGCAAAAAGUUUGUUAUAUACAAUGACUAUUACUGCAUGGUAUAUGGUUAUAAUUUAAACGUUUCUAGCUAGGCCAAAAAAAAAAAUAUGUGGGUUUCCGGUUUCUUCUUAUAAAAACUUAGGUAGGGUAGGUCGGUUUUAACUUUUUUUUUAAACUUUUUUUUUAAUUUUCCGAAUAAGCGGACGCCAUUUUGUUUAGUCAGUGCUUCCACAUUCAAAGAUAAAUUUCCCUAAUAUUGCCUCAAAUUUCAAUUUUUCACAAACUUUUCCUCUAAGUGGAAACACUUACAAGCAUGAUCUAAUAAAAAAGUUUAGGGUCGGGAUUUCGACGUCCAAACGCUAGGUAGGGUCGGGAAACCGGAAACCCACAUAUUUUUUUUUUGGCCCUAUUGUUAUUUCAGGUGCCAGAAAACAUCUUUUUUACAUCUAGCUUUAAGCGGUGAUUUAAAAGGAGGCAUGCUCCUAUGCACGAGGAAAUUUUGAAUAGUUUAGAAUCUCGAGAACAGCAAUUUUCCCAUUCUGAGACAAAUUCAGGAGUAAAUCCAGAAAAUACUCUUUUUAACCUUGAUUUUAGAUCAACCAUGCAACUCACUAUCCUGUUUGCAAAUUAACAUGGCUAGCGGUGCAGCUCUCGUUUACAAAUGCAAAAUCAGUUAUAUAAAGAAUAACAAUGGACUUGAAACGCCUACUGCAUGAGCAACAAGAUCUUUUCGGAUGCAAUCGAAUCGAACUACGUUACUUCUACAAUGGAGUAAUUGAUCCUAUAGGGCGUCACCGUUCACUCCAUAAAUCUUAGUCAAUCUAUAUAAAAGCGCUUCUACAUGUUUUUUAUUUAUUAAUUUACUUUAAAGACAAAGAGUUUAAUGACUGAAGUUACACGUCUCGAAAAGAACUUGGCACAGCUUGAACAGCACUUAAAAGCAAGAUUGAGAACGAUUGAAGGAAAAGUGCCAUAUA